CGUGACUUUUCAGUGUUGCAAAACGACCGAAACAGUGAUAUCGAUAGUUAGAACCGCGCCCAUCACUAUUUUAGCACACGCCGCGUAAAAACGACGCCGAUUUCAAUUUCAACGAUUUACGAAACGAAAUUUGUGCUAAAACCCAGGUAACAAUGGCCGACGUGGACGAUUUUGACUCGCUGUCCAACGCAGAGCUGCGCGCCAAGAUGCUGGCCCAGGGGCUGCCCAACAUCCCGGUGACGGACAGCAGCCGCAAGGUGCUGGUAAAGCGUUUGCGUGCCUCCAUUGGCGGCGGCCAGGCUUCGCCGGCCGGAAGUCCCAAGAAGAGCAACAGACGCGAAACCCUGGCCCCAGUUGCCUCUGCGCCAGCAGCUGCCUCCACGCCGGUCGACAAGCUGGACGGAAAUAAGGUGGCCCCUGCGACCAAGGCUCGUCGCACCAUUGCCGCCACUGAGGCAAAGGAAGCCGAGCGCCGUCGCCCUGAGGAGUCGGUGGCCGCCGAUCGCCGCCGGAACGAGGAGCCGUUGGCCGCCAGGAAGCCGAUACCGGCUGCAUCUGCACCCAUACAAACGCGACGCACCUCCACCUCAUCCACUGGAUCGCAAAAUAAUCCGGUGGAGCCAUUGAAGAGGCAACCAACCAUUGCAGAGGAGCCUGCUGCUUCCUCCAAGCGCGCUGAUCGUGAGGAAAAUUACCUUAAGGUUAACUCACUUAUUGUCCUGGAGUCCGACGACGAGGAGGACGAGCAGCUGGCCCAGGCUGCCAAUCUCGUGGAGAAGCAGCACGCAGCCCGGGAAAAGGCUUCGUCCAAGCUGGCCAGCAGCGGCACAACUACUUACGAGUACCGAAGCAAGCCGGUGGAACCUCCUCGCCAGAAGGUCUACGAGGCCACAGCAGCUCCCGUGCUGCCUCCAUCUGUGCCAUCUGUCAGGCCAGUGGCCACCAGCUCGACCAGGUCCUACGACUACCAACCAAGCAACCCGGCACCCGGUCGCUACAGCAGCUUUGUGCGCACUGCUGCCCAGGGCUAUGUGACUGCCGAGGCUCCGCCGCUGACCUCGUACUCCUCCAGCUAUCAGCGCACCUAUGCCAACGAGCUGAGCGACGACAACGGGGAGGAGGAGUCCAAGUAUGAGAGCACCUUUGCCCAGAAUCUGGCCCGUUUGCGGGCCGAGCGGAUUGGGGACCGGAGCAGCCCCUACAGCCGACGCACUCUGGCCAGUGGCAGUGCGGCCAUCGGAUCUCUGGGCUAUGAGCCGCGUCCCAGGCGCUCCCUUCGUCCGGAUGAGAGCAGCGUGUCUGCGGCCUUUGGCCGCUGGUGGAACAGCCUGGAGCAGAAGUACCACAUCAAGUCGAAGCUGUUCAUUCUGUUGGCGGUCGUAUUGUUAAUCGGCAUUUACAGCAUGUUCUACUGACCUGCGUCACUGUCUUAUUUCGAAUUUGUAAACUAGUUUGUAUUCCAUGUUGGAUUAGUUUUGUAAACAGGACCGCUGCUGCUGUCUUUGUAUGAAUCUUGUUUCGAUGUAAUUUGGGUCUGAGAUUUACUAGCAUUUAAGCUGCGUGUUAUCCGUUUUCCAAUAAAGCCCACUUGCAGGGAAUCUCCUCAGA